GAACAACGCGCCUCUGGCCAAGACACCUCCAGCCAUCAACCCUAAACCCGAUUAACCCUCUUCUUCCUCUCCUUCUAAUCCAUCCUUGACAUCCAUCCGACUCCACUCCCUCUCUCUUACGUGCGACUCCUCUCAUUCUACACCCAGGAACACGCUCUCUUUUUUAUUUUUAUUUCGUAAUCAUUUUCCAUAAAUAUACGAUAUGUACGCUGGCGAGACACAGCACCAGCAGUACCUGCGGCAGCUACAGCAACAGCAGCUUGAACAGCAGCAGCAACAGGUCGGAACCAACACCCCCGCACGCGAGUUCACCGUAGUAGCCAUUGGCAAGAGUGGUGAAGGAAAGAGCACGCUCCUGAAUGCCAUCCUAAGCAAAGAGAUCUUCCCGGCCAAGGCCUCCGUGAGCGAAGUAACGCAGAGAGUCGACCAGGCCUCGAAUCACUUCCUGAACAUCGCCUCGAACCCGAUCAUCCACUGUAUCGACACUCCAUCCUUCAAUGGCCAGCUCCACAACCCCAACCGCGUCAAUGAGAUCGGUACUCUCCUGACAAAAGUCGCUGCAGGCGUCGAUGCCUUCCUCUUCGUUGUCAAGUGUACACAUUACCGCUACGACAACACUUUCCACCAAACCCUUCAGACCUACCAAGGCCUCUUCACCCCGGCCUUCUGGCCCAAGGUCCUCAUCGUUUUCACGCAUGCGACCCCAGAACUCCUCCCGCCAGCCACGGAAGCCCGUCUCCAGCUCCUGGCCUGGUCCCGCCAGAUCCAAGAAGAUUUCAAACUCCCGUCCCCACCGCUUACAGUCUUUUCGAUGGACUACGCCCGGUUUCCGUACCCUUCAGGGGGUGCACAAGAGUUCUGGGAGGCGCUGAUGACUCUGGAUGCCAAUACUGCGCCUUAUUCUCAUAAGCCGUUUCUGGAGAGUUUCGGGAACGGGAUCGCGAUGGAGGGGUAUGUGCAGAGGAUCAAGGGUCAUCUGGCACAGUUCGAGCCGAGCUUUUUUGAAGACCAGGCGGAGGAGCAGUUUAAUGAGAUGAAGAGGAAGGAGAGUCGGUUCAGUAGUCUCUUCCGAAAGAGUGGGCGAUCAAAACGACUCAGCGAUACCCCUUCCGCGACAUCGACACCACAGCCGUCAGCAGCAUCGCCACAGAUCGGGUCUACAGUAUCUGGAGGGGCUUUAUAGGACUUUUCUGUAACAGCAACACUAGGCAACCCUCCUAUCCUAUAAUAAAUAAACAACUGAACUGGGCCGAGU